CAGUCAGAGUUUGUGUUUCAAUGGCUGCCAGUGUGAUUAGGUUUCGUGCAAAGUUUUCAUGUGAUUUCCGUGUCUCUCAGUGAGAGUGAAUUGCAGAAAUUGUGCUUAGGUUUUAUGGAAGAAAACAACAAAGUUGCUUCCGGACUGGCUGACCGGGGCAAGAAUCUUCCCAAUGGCACCAUCAACAACAACGAGGAAGACGGUGGCCUUUUCCGGGCAAUUCCUGCUCGUGUGGUGCUUUACCUGUUGUCAUGGAGUGGAUUCCUGGUCUCCUUCGUGAUGCGCAAUGACAUCAAUAUUGCCAUUGUUGAGAUGGUAUCUCCACCAGGCGAGGAAGUGCUUCCGGAUCGGUUCCAGUGGUCAUUCAGUGAGCGGGCCAUCAUCCUGGGUUGCUUCUAUUGGUGGUACGUUGUAGCACAGGUUGCAGGUGGCGUUGCAACUCAGCGUUUUGGGACAAAAGCCGUUUUCGGCUGGUCCCAGCUUGCUACAGCCCUGUGCAGUCUGUUGAUUCCAAUGGGUGCUCGGAUGCACUUGGGGUGCUUAGUGGGACUGCGAUCGGUGCAGGGCUUCGCUUCUGGACUCACCUGGCCCGCUAUGUAUGCUAUUGUUGGCCACUGGAUACCACCAUGGGAGCGCAGUCGUUUUAUGUCAAGCUUCCAGGGAUUCAGUAUUGGCAUAGGACUCACGUAUCCCUUGUGUGGUUGGAUCAUUGCCAACUGGGGCUGGCCAAAGGUGUUUUAUACUACAGGGAGUAUCGGGGUAGCAUGGUGUCUGAUUUGGUGGUAUCUCGCCUUCAAUCGUCCCCAUGAACAUCCUCGAAUAACGCGUGCUGAGCGAGAAAUGAUCGAAGAGGCUGUGGCAGAAGAUAUACGCGGUGGCUACGGAAUGGCACCGCGUUGGGGUGCUAUCUUCCGUUCUGUGCCGGCCUGGGCCAUUGCAGUGACCACUUUUGGUCGAAUCUGGCUGCACUACAUGUUUAUAAUGUUUGGACCUGUUUACAUGAAUGAUGUACUGGGUUUUGACAUCGAAACUAAUGGUAUACUAUCUGGAGCACCGUUUCUCUGUUCCUACCUCUCAGCUGUGCUGUUUUGUGCUGCAGCCGAUUGGAUGGUGGCACAUUCAAUGUCGCUCCUUAUUGUGCGAAAGAUCUUCACGGCUGUAUCACAGGUUGUUCCAGGAAUCCUAAUUUUCUGUAUUGCCUGGAGCAAAAAUCAGAUAGCGGUACUUGUGAUGUGGUUUAUAGCAGUUUCCUGCAUCACAGCCGGAUAUGCAGGAGCCAUGGCCAAUAUUAUUGAUAUUGCACCGAAUCUCGCUGGCCCGGUGCUUGCCUUUGCUCAAACUAUUCACAUGAGCGCUUCUUUUAUCGCUCCCAUUGCUGCUUCAACAAUUGUCAAGGACACAAAAUCCACAGAGCAGUGGAUGAUGGCAUUUGGUCUAGCCCUAGGCAUUGCCAUCAUCACGUAUCUGCCAUAUCUUGCCAAAGCGCAGGCCAAACCACAACCGUGGAAUUACAGGGAGGCACAACAAGUUACGGACGAAGCUACAGCUCCUUUGCGCGGACCAUCUUCCGUGUGACAAUAGCAAUCUCUCUCUCUCUCUCUUGUUACUUAAGUCAUUCCGGUGACCUUUUUUUUGGUACAUUCCAAACAAAUUAAUCCAAACUACUUAAAAAGAAUUAGUUUUGUUUUUUUGAAAAUCUGGGGGUUUUAACCACGUUAAUGCACAAUGUCAGAAGUGACCUUCAUGUGGCAAACUAAUGUACUUUUUGACUACUUGAACAAUAUGUAGAAACAAAUUAGAUUUAAUAAAUACAGAGUCUAACAG